UUGUGUUCAUGUCGUACUCGUCCUUUGAUCAGCUAUACCUCAAGCUCGUCAUGCUGCGCGCAGAGCAGGGAAGGCCAGACUUUGCUCCAACCUGCGCCAUUGAGGACUUGGACAAUCUCAUGGCCGCAGUGUCGAAGGCGGCGGCGCAGAUGCACGAGCGAGCCAGCGCAGCCAAGCUCGUUUUCCCGCCAUCGUCGAACGGGACGACCGAGACGGAUGCUAUGCCGACAUCGUCAUCAUCGUCAUCGUCAUCGUCAUCGUCGUCGUCUGUUACCGAGACAGCCAUGCCGCGGACGACUGGUCCAUCCACGUUGGGUGUAUCCACACGCAGAAUGAGGAUGCAGACGGCCAACGAACAACCAGAGCAGGUCAGCGCCGCAGCUCAGAAUCAGUGCACUUCUGAUGAUGCGUCUGACGAACACACGAGUGGCGAGUCAACCUCAGUGCCGGAGUUGGAAGGACGGCGAGCUAAGCGUUUGUCGCCGUUCGCGUCUACCAGACCAACGAGAUUCGAGACCACUGCUCCUGCUGCUGCUGUGCCGCCAGCCAAGAAGGUGCAAGAUGCUUCCCAAGGGCAGACACGAACAACACAAAGUACACCAUCGCAGGUCAGAACGAACAGCACCGCUUCCAACGACUCGCGGCAAAAGCGACCGGCACCAGAUCGGUCAUUCCCCGCGCCAAAGGCUGCACGAACGAUGAGCAGAGAGCCGUCACAGGAGAUGGCGCAGCACGACCAGCGAAAUAGCAGUAUCGCCAUGCCCGAGGUUGUCGCUGUGCCUUGGAACCCUGUCAUCCAAAUCUUGGCAUUGCGACCACGACGCGCCGUGGCUCAGCCCCCUCGACGCAUUGAUCUGGGUGCAAUUCACAGAGCCGCGCGUUCCUGGGCUUGGCGACCCAAAGUGCAACGAAAGACGACAGAGCCUCAACUGUUCCUACGACGCAACGAACGACGCGCAAAGCAUGAUGCGAGCAAAGCCGAGCCGAUGCAGGAAGAGGAGAUCCUUCCCAUUUCGGAAUUUCUGCCUUUGCCGACAGAGCAUCUCCCCGAGCUGUCAGAGCUGAAUACUAGCACCGAAAUUCCAAUGGAUGCGACGCCGUCGGCAGAAGGCAAUUCUGGGAACCUGAAUGUGGGCGAGACCGCCGUUCGCACAGAAACAACGGAAACGGAAACUACCGUUCAUCCAGCAACACCAGAGGGGCAGCCGGUUGACACUCUCGUGGUCGAGACCGCUGACAAUGCUGAACACCAUUCUUCCGGAGAAAAUGAGAGUCUGGAGACGCAAGAAGAGACGCAAGAAGAGACGCAAGAAGAGACGCAAGAGGAGGCCCAGAGCAUGACGCCUCCCGGCGAUUUUGCACCUUCCAUUUUAGCUCCAGCCCUUUCGGUUCAACAGGAGCUGCCGCUGCAGUCCCUGGAGGACCCCGAUGACCACAUACAAUCUCGUCACAGAUCUCUUUCUCUCAGACGGUCGGUGGAGCAUCCCGACCAAGAAUGGACAUCACAAUCGGGCGCGGAAGAGCUGCCUCACGCAACAGUUGUUUCAGAUUUGCACGACCUUAUCAGCGACUUGCUUCCAGAGCAAGCAGAAGCCGAGGCCCCCACCGCGACCAGCACAAACUCAAUUCUUUCAAGCUCUGCAGAACUCGAACCAUUUGCGCCUUUUGAUGGGGGAUUGACUGGCGAAAUUGUUCACGAACAGAUGGUCGAAUAAACGGA